AUGGAGGGCUUCGACCUCAACGUCUUCCGUACUCGUUAUGAACUCCCUGAGAUAUUUCUUACCACCCUCAACUAUGGCUUUUACGCCUUCCACGUCCUAAACAGCCUCUUCGACCCGUCUCACAAGAUCCCUUGGUUAGACGUUCCCAUUGCAAUCAAGGCCGAGCUUCAUCAAAUUGCUUUUGUCGUCUUUCAGGCCUUACAACGCGCCAUUCGACUUGAAUGGGAUGUCUACGACUACGCCGAAGUCCUCGAGCAAGAAGAUCUGACCGAAGGAGAACAGAUGGAGCGGUUUCCCCCCAAUAUAGGGACAUUUGACGGUACAAGAAAAUAUCUAGACGUAGAACACGAACCAUGCGCAUUCAUCGAUCGAAAUGGUCGCAUUCUCUGGUUGUAUCUCCCUGCAAUCAUCCGGGAGGACCGAUGGACAGAGAUAUGUGACGCUGUGGCAAAGGUGUCAGCUACCCCCAACCCCCCGUUCGGUCGUCCACCAUCACUCUCUAAGGCCGACUACACGAAACGUUUCAAGGACAGCCCACAGCUGGCGCGUGGUGCAACCCAUCUUUUCCCUGCCGAUUUCGAACCGCGGUCGCGGUCCUCCCUUCCUUCCGAUUUACCCUUUCCAUGCCUUCCCUUUCGUGUGGAUGAACGCUACCACGGAUUUUGGCUCCUCGACAACAUAGGUUCAGACACCAUGGCCAUACUCGGUGCCGUUCUCGCCCUCGCCCAGCCAGCCCUUUUUCACGUUUCACUGGAAAUGUUCGAACGGCUUUCCAACCGCGACGUCAGUGUUGGCCAACCCUGGGUCUUCGAUGAGGUCCUGCGUCGAUGGGCAUCCCCAUUUCAGUCUUUCAGCAUUUAUAACGACCAUAGCCAACCUCCCCACCGGUACGCUAAUACCCAUCCAAUGGGAUUCGACCUCUUUCUGUCCGCAGGAGACGUAUUGGCGAAUCGUUUUACGGCCCCUACUCUCGGACGUGAAUUCUAUUUUGACCCGGGGACAAUCUGCAUCGGACUGGGUCACCUCAUUUGCCAUGGCUGGGUUACGGGGGGCGAUGGAGACCAUAUCGUCUGUCAUUUUUCUGUAAUGGAGGAGCUAGCUAACUACUUCGAUUACCUUAUGGCACCUCCUUCGGAUAAUGACUGCACCUGUUGA